AAAAGAAUGUCAAAAAUAAUUUUGGUUUUUUGCCUUUUCGCAUUAUUCGUGAACAUUUUGUCCUACAACAACGACAAUGAAAAUACAAAAAUUGAGGAUGGCAAUAAUAAGCAAGUUGAUAUUUUUGGAUCGCGUGUAAAACGUGCAAUACAAUGGCCAUGCUUUAAUUUUAUGAGAUAUUGUUGUUAUGAUGGAUGUCGUGGUUUUGGCUGUGUAAAAGAUGCUUGUAAUCAUUGUUGCUAAGAAGAAGAUGAAUAUCAGUUUCUGAUGAGCUAUGAAAAAGACUAUCAAAAAUAAAUAAAUUUUAUA